AUGAGCACCACGGACCCGGACGGCGAUGUUGUCAUGGGUCCCCCCGCUGCUCCCGACGGGUCCACUCGUCCACCUGCAGCCCAUUCUGUGGAUCCCGAUCUGCUCUCCAUCGUCGCGGCAGGAGAGCUACCAUCGCUGCCUCCAUCCGUCACUACAGCCGACGCGAGCGAGUCUCUGGACGACCUUCUGACGCCCUUCUUGCCCCUCCUCACGCGUCUCCAGACCUCGCGCCGCGCCUCUCAUACGUCCCAUUCGAUCCCCAAGCCCACCGCCUUGGACGCCACGCUUCUGCGCGUCGAAAAGGCGUCGAAAUGGCGUCAAUACGCCCAAGUGUUCGCGGAUCUGAGCCCGUCCCAGCUUCAAGGGUCAAUAACUUCGCCCGCAGAGCCCGCCUUCCGCCGCUUCGAGCGCGGAUCAGCAGCCGAGAGAGUGCAGAUCGUGCUGUGUGAGUGGCUGCUCGCCGCGCCCGGAAGUCUGGACAGCAGCGAGCUCUUCGUGACCGAGAUCUACCAGGAGGAAGUGGCCGCCAUCCUGGCGCACGCGCUGACCAGCCCCAAGCUGCAGACUCAGCCGCGCGGUGCUCCGAGUCCUCUGGGCACGCAGGCGGUGGCACGCCGUGCCCUGGCGGUGCCUGUGGGCCCCACGCUGCUGUCCAGACUGGCGGUGAACGACCCGACGAACGUCGAGCAGCUUUUUGACGCUGUGGUGUCGGCCGUGGUGGAUGCCACAGCGACGGACAACAAACCGAUGGCCCAGCAGGAGCAAGAGGCGCUGGCGGCGUCCACGCCGCUGCUGGAGAACGCGCGUCAGGCCUGCGUGCAGCUGGCCAAGCUGACGCCGCUGUAUGCGGCGAGACUGAGGGAGAAACUCAGCGCGCAGACCGCGUCGCUGCACUGCGCGGCAAUGGCUCAGCUGCUGACGGAGUGCACGAGUCGGGAGGACGUCAGUGUGUUCCUGUAUCAGUGGCUCAAGAGGGACGGCGCGCCCGGAUCCGCGCUCAGGACGUAUGUGCAGCUGGCGAGUCGAGAGGCGACGGGAGCGACCAGCGAGUUCCAACAGGAUGCGGCGACCAACAUGGCCAAGAUUCGAGGAGUGCUGCUGGAUGUACUGGGAACUGCGGACUCGAGUGUGACGCCCUAUGAACUUACGGCUGCGCUGGGCGUGUGCGUCGGCCUUCAAGUGCUCGGCAGCUUCCCACUGACGGAGAGUGAACGCAUCCGGCUGCUGCAGAGUCUCGACAAGCUCGCACAGAGGUCGUCCUCGUCGCGCGCGAUCAGUUUGGCCUUCAUUGUGGUGGUGCUCGUGUGGUACCCGCUCGCACCGGCGCUGAGCAAGACGCCAGGCCAGAGAGACGAGCACACCAAGACUGCGGUGGCUUUAUCGCAGCAAGUACUGGCUGCGCUAUUCCACGCGCGAGGUGCUAGGGCAGGACCGCUGUUCGUCGUCUCUGCUGUGCUGUUCUACACGAAGGCGCCAGCGCUCGUGCCUUUCCUCGCGUCCGUGAUUGGCUUUGAUGGUGAUACGUGCAACGCUGCGUCGACGUCCGCUGCGGGAUGUGGCAUCCAGGUGCAGCAGGCGCUUCGGGCGGAAUACCUUCACGUGUUCGGCGAUGUGGUGCUCAAGCCGGUCCUGACGGAGAACUUGCUUGCGCGUGAGGUGCUGACGUUCCCUCCGGCGGCUCGAGUGUCGGCUUUAGAUGCGGUGUCCUCGGGCCAUGGCCAACACGAGUUCACGCUGCGUGGCUUGCACGGGCUGCUCUGUGAGAAGUCUUUCUUGCGCCACCAUCACGCACACAAGCUGGAGAGCUGGCUGGCUACGCAGGUCGGAGAGCAAGCUGCCUUGCCGGUUCACCCGCUGCUCGUGAGUCUGCUGCUGGAAUGGAUCGAGAACUACGUCAUGGCGUUCGAGUACCCCGUUGCACAAGCUCCACGUCGGCUGCAGUUGUCCAUCGUCCCGCUUCGCAGCUCUACGCUGUCGAAGUGGCUUGCUGCGCCGUGCCUGUCUCGUUCAUAUGACCCCAAGAGAGGCCAGGAUCAUGAGUUGGUGUGGGCACGUGGAGUGCUGGGACUUACGUACGCGCUCCAGUUUAAUCAGCGCCUUCGUCACGCCACGAUGGUGGCGGGUAGCAAGCUGAGCAGUUUGGUUUCUACGUCGUCGGUGGUCUCGGGUGCGUCGAUGUCGGCCGCUCUGGGGCCAGGCGCCGACAUUUGUCUUCACUACGACCUGAGCGCCUUCCCGCUGAGGAACAUCGUGACGCAAGCCCUCGCCCACGGCGACCAAGGCGGCGCCUUUGAGUACGUGGCGCCAACUCUACUGAAGCUCAUGAUGGAGGAGCACCCGCAGCUUUUCGAUGCUGCUACAGCAUCAGUACCGUCAGGAACGACGCUGAACUUGCUCCCGUUGGCAGCAAGCCCUCGUGACGAAGCGGAGCGUGACUUGGCCAGCAGCUGGUUCCGCCGACGUCGGAAACGCGGCGAGCUGCCGGACAUCCGCGUCGUUCAGUCUCCUGCUUCCUGGACGGCUGUCCAGGCGUUGCUACUGGAGCUGCAGUCGGCACCUAUUGAAGUUGUGAUGCGCGAGCUGCCGGUGCUGGUCGAUGGAUUCCUUCCGUACGCAGUGCUGUCAUCGCAAAAGUCGUCAGCAUCGUGUCGACAAGUGGCUGCAUUCUGCGCGCAGCUGGCAGCUCUGUAUGAGACUCGCGCGCGUCGCGAACAAGGCGCGAGUAUCUCGCUAUUGAUGCGGUUGGUCCACGCACUCUGCUUCCCGGACGCGCUUUGGCGUCAGCAACAAGUGCAGACAAACCAAGGGACGUUGCAGCUACUGACAUACAUGCAGGUGCUAGAGGAGCCAUUCCGCCUUGUCGAAGACGCCCACGACGGCGUGUUCCGCCAGCCAGCCUUGCUGCGGGUGCUGCUCGGACUUGUGCGCGACGUGCGAACAGCGGCGAAUGUCCACGUGACUAAGUGCGACCCGAGCUUGGUGCCUGUAGAGGGGAUGUCUGCGGCUGCAUCCACUACUGCCAGUGUGCAGCAGCACCAGCUCCUUCAGGACUGCUUACUGGUGCAUGGCAUUCUGAAGCGACUACAGCCGUUGAGCUCCGAGUCUAGCGACAACGAAGUGGCCGAGGAGAGUCGCGCUCUGCUCUGUACCAUCGUCAACGAGCUGCUGACUGCAGACGCCGAGGUGUCUUCUCCAUCGCCACCACGACUGCUACUUGCGAUCCACACGCAGGGCUACGAUGUCACUCUGGUGCCUACAUUAGUCGCUCAUGUGCCGGCGAUGAAGCUGCUGUGGGACCACUGGAUGGCGCCAACUUCGUCCAACUCGUCAGGUUCUUCGUCGUCUCGCUCGGCUACGCCUGGGACGAAGCCGUUGAUGGAGUUCGUAGCUGAAGGCGCUGAGAAGGACCUCCCCAAGUGGCGCUUCCGACUGCGCGUGGUGCUCUCAUUGUGUGCCGCGCAUCUAUCCGGCAGCAAGCAGAGCGCGGCGAUGCAGCAGGCGCUGCGCGUAGUUUGGAACAAGCUGCGCAACGGCGUUGGAAGCUCGGGCGAGAACAGCGCUGGAUACGUCAACCUGCUGGGCGAAGUGCUGCCCUGGAUCGUGCACGCGUGCUCGCAGAACGCCGACCUGAGCGCGGAGCUGGUGCAUUUCUUGUUGAAGCUGCAGAGACAGCUGCAGAGUGGCUCGGGUAGCAGCAAGAGGGACAGCAGUCGGAGGGCAGCAGCGGAGGCGACUGGGAAGCCCCAAGAGCAGCGACAGCUUCUGGAGCAGGUGCUGCGUGACACGUACGCGUCCUUGAUUGAGCAGAUCUAA